AUGACCAUUUACGACCUACCAAAACAACCAAGCGCGCAAGACCUGGAUGCGCGGAUAUGCCCUGCGCUGGACAAACUUCCGAAUGAGGCGAAGGUGGACACACGGUUCUACACAGAGCAUAAGAACUGGUUUGGAGAGGAGUGGCGCGGAGAUCCCCGCGAUGUCCAAAUGUGGGUCGUAGUCCUUUGGCAGCCCGCUCCGGAGGUUCACGACGAAUUCGUAAAGUGGUUCGGAGAAGAGUUUACGCCCGGUAUGCUCGAGAGUCCUGGACUGCUUCGCACGCGCAUCUUCAAGCUCGAGCACGCUUCGCUCAUCCAGGACGAGAAAUACAAACAAGUAGAAAAGGCGUCAGUGUACCAGUACAUGACGUUCUGGGAGUUCGAUAGCGAGGAACUGCCAUGGGAAAUCUUGGUAUACCUGGGGUCUUCAGAGAGGUGGAGACACUAUGUGGAGGGCGGGCUUCUGUCAUGGCAGGUCGGACAAUUUCUGGUAAAUAACAUCUAUCCCGACAUCGAGGACGCGGACUCCCCGGCCGUCAUGGGGGCGAAGAUCAUCGUAACCCCGGUCGCACAGGAGACGUGA